UAGAACGGCAGUCAGUCAGAUCGAGAGUGUCUGGUCGGUCGGAUUUUCUUUCGUCACCCCUCCUCGGUCCGGUCCGGGCUCGCUUUACGGAAGACGGUAGAUAGUCAGUGGGUGUGUGUGAGAGAGAGAGAGAGAGAGGAGGGUGGCAGUGUUGUUGGUGUCGUUGGGUUUGGGAGAAGAGUGUGAUCCCGCGUACCUAAAGUAGCCGUGGGUGAUUCUAUUGGUUUUCUGCACGGAUUUCGUUCAAACGGCCCAACCAACCAGUGAAGGGUGAAAAUUUUCGUUCCAGGACGCACUUCGUUUUUAAGCCACUCGUUCAACACUCUUGUUUUGAACGAACCGAACCGUGUUAUUGCUUCGGUGAUGUGUGGUGUUUUGUGUUAGUGCGCCCGUGCUGACGAUGAUAAUGCAGUGAAAAGUUGGUCCGAAACCCAAAACUAUAUUCGAGUGUGUGAGUGUGUGUCGUCAUCGCCAUAUUCAGCUGAGUAGAACGGGGCGGGAGGAAGCAAAAGGACCAAUGUGCGCUGUACCCUCGGAGUGCGGGAAUUUGUGUCGAUUCGCGGGAAAACGUGUGCCGAGGGAAGGACGUGUGAGUGUGUUGGUUGGUUGUUGCGUGCGUGUGUGAGUGUGCUAGCGCGAGUGGUGGAGCAUUGUGUCGUGGUCCUUUAUGAAUGGACCGUUCGACGAAAAGAAAGCACGUAAUCGAGGAAUCGCCACCAGGCAGCAUAACAAUAGCGUGCACCAAUACAAGCGCACGCACGUGAUCCUUUCUGUGUGGGACGCUCGCACACGCAGCCACAAACACACACACACACAUCGAACAGCAAAUACGUAAUCAGGAACGGAAGCGCUAGAACCACCAGCAAAAGGACGUGUGAAAAUUUCCCAACUGUCCCUUUUCGCUGUGGAAGGGCAACUCCCUACUACUGGGACAGGAAGGAUUCUCCUUAUUACUCACCAGUAACGGGAAAAAGCAGAAAUUUGAACAAGAAGUGCUGGAGUACUCAAGGAAGCCUUUGUAAAAGGACCAAUAGAUUUUUGUUUGGUGUUAUAGUAAAAUACGUAAACACGAACGAAGGAAAACUUUUAUGUCCUUCAUCGCUGACGAGGUCCUAUCUUAGCUCUCUAACAGUACGCUUAGAGAGAACGAAAGUGGGCCGUGACGACUAAGAGAAACCCACAACGAAGCCCGAACCGCUUAGGUGUCCAAGCAAAAGGCGCUAGCAGCGAACGCAACCAACCAUGGGCACGGUACUGAGCUUUAGCCCCCGGGAGCGUCGGCCCAUCUACUCGACGCACCAUCACAGUGCCGGCACACUGUCGUCCUCCAAUUCGGCCGACUUUCCGCUCAACAACUACUCGUACGAGCAGCUGAACAAUGCGAAGAAUCGCGAGAGCGCGCAAACGAAACCGCCGAACCUGAUACAAACGGUGCCUAACAACAACAACAGCCAUGGGCUGAACAUGAGCAAGGACGACUGCAAGAACAACAACAGCAGCAGCGCCAACCUGCUCGGUUCCCAUGGCAACAACAACAACAACAACAACAACAAUGGCGGAUCGGGCAACAAUAACCAUAGCAACAACAAUGCCAGCAACAACCUGCUGCUGCUGCAGCAAACGCACCAAAACAACAUCAUCACCGGCAGUGCGAACAUCAACAACAUCAACAACAACAUCAGCGGUGGCAACAACAACAACGGCAAUAGCAUACAGGAGCGCAACAACAACAACAACAACAACCACAGCAACAACGCGGACAGUGCCCGCAUCCUGUCCGAGAAGAAUGCGCUCGAGAAGAACCUCAAGAAGCAUUCGCUGUUCAUCAACGCGCUGUCCUGGAAGCGGCUGGCGGCGUCCCACGGCAAGAAGAAGCUAGACAACAACAAGAACAAAUCGGCCAACCUGGCCACGGCCACCAGCUUCCGGACGCCGCUAACCGACACGAUCCAUCCGCUGCUGGACAAAAACAAGAACCUGCAGCAGUCGCAAUCGUUCACGCAGACGAUCAGCAGUCAGCAGCUGCAGCAGCAACAGCAGCAACCGGCCACCAUCGUGUUGAGCCAGUCCGGUGGAUCCGGACAGCCGAGUUCCGGACCGGGGGCACAGUCGGUGGUGGGGCUGGGAGCUUCGGGAGCGGCCGUUUCCGGGCUUUCGUCCAGCAAUCAGCAGUCACAGGUGCAGCAGCAGCAGCAGCAGCAACAUCACCUUCAUCAGCCCCAACAUGGUCAGCUGGUGGUGGCUCAGCAGCAGCAGCAGCAGCAUCAGCAACAGGCGGUCUACUUUACUCCUCGUGGUCCGAAAGCGCUGCUGGCGCUGGAUCUCGUGCGAGCCAACAACACGAACCCGCUGUCGCAGCCGGACAAGCUGGCGCAGAAGCUUCCGCUGCAGCUGCCGAUGCCACUGCAGCCGAUCGUGAACCAGCAGCAUAACAUCCCGAUGGCCCAACAGUUGCACCACGGACACGGACCUAGGAAAACUGUUAUUCAGGCGUCCACGUCAGAGCUGCUAAAGUGUUUAGGAAUGUUCCUGCACGAUCGAUGCCGCAAGCUACGCGACUUCCAGGCCGGCGACGCUGUGAUGUGGCUGAGGGCCGUCGACAGAAGUUUACUGCUUCAAGGAUGGCAGGAUGUUGCCUUCAUCAACCCGGCCAACGUGGUGUUCGUCUACAUGCUCGUCCGCGAGCUGGUCGACGGGGAGGAAACGAAGGAGGCGGAGCUGCAAGCGGCCGUCCUUACCUGCCUCUACCUUUCCUACUCGUACAUGGGAAAUGAAAUUAGCUACCCGUUGAAACCGUUCCUAGUGGAGGACUCGAAGGAUAAGUUCUGGGACAGAUGUUUGCUGAUCGUGAACCGGCUAUCAUCGAACAUGCUGCGCAUCAACGCCGAGCCAGGCUUCUUCACCGAGAUCUUUACCGAGCUGAAGGCGUGCGGCAUGAACUCGAAUGCGAACGCCGGCGGCAAUCUGCCGUGUGGUGCGGCUUGACGCUCCCGCCAUCCACGGGAAGUUGUGGUCCGGCUGUCGAUCGCUGGCCAACAGCAGAAGUACCAGCACGCAACCAGCACCCUGCAGGAGCUAACGAGCGUUGUCUGAUGAACGAGCGCACCGGGCACAACGAGUCAGUCAGGCUAUGUCAGUCUGAGGUCGCCAACUAAGUCAUCUUCGUUUUGUCCACGUGGCUCUCUUCCACGUGAACGGGCAUCAACUCACUCACUCAACAAAAUCCUAGGAGAUCGAGAAAAGUGAAAAGAAAACGAAAAAAAAAAUAAUUUGAUUGGAAUGUUAAUUCCCAGUUUUUAAUCAUACUCACAACCUGUGCUCCUGUGAAGUUCGAGAUUUGUGUCUUGCGGUUGCGCUGGAUAGCAAUCGACACGAGCAUACGAAAGGCGGAUGAAUUUAAGUUUAGUUUUUGCGACCUAGAAGAAGAUCUUUUACCCAACGAAGGGUAUCUCAUGAAAGGGUAUGAAUUAAAAGUUGAAUUUACACUGUCUGCCCACGAAAGACAGGGAUAAAUAGAGGGGCAGUCUUGUUCUUGGAAGUCCCUUUACUCAAGUACAAGCGGCAGAUAGAUACAGCGAAAGGGGAAUCGUGGAGUGAAUCUCGAGCAAUUGUGAAACAAUGAAGAAGAGGAAGAAGUAACCAGUACCAAACGAGCCUGUUACGUUCUAGUCUGUCCACGUGGACGCCCGUGUCUGUUAGUAGCAACGCUGGAAGAAGAUGUGUGCGCAUUGUGCGAUGAGGUCUCCCAUCCAGUGUAUCGUGUUGAGCGUUGACAUUUUCUAGAUGACUUAAAAACACUCCAAUCUUCAACAACACUAAGGAUCAGGUUGCUGAUAGUCACAAAAGCGAUUACUCAAACCAAACACAACUCAACAUACGUACCAGCUCAGAAUGGAAAGAUGUGAGGUAAUGAAGCAUCCGGCACGGAGAGCAUGCAAUGUGAUUUACAUUCUUAAUUUUUCUGACUAAAGAAACAGCAGUUUGGAAGCAUCCUAGUGUGUGUGUGAUUAGACAGCAAGAUUAGACAACUAAACACAAAAUUAGGGUUGACAGCUUUCCUUCCGAAGUGAACACAUAACGAGAUGCAGUAUCUGUUGCUCUGUCUGUCAAGAAGAAAUUGGAAAGGACUAACGAGGCAUCUAGCGUACAUUAACCGAACACAGAUACGAAAACAAGCAAACCCUAAUGGAAAACACUGCCCUACUCCUCCGAUGCAAUGGGAAGCACCACACACAGAAGGUGCAGACAUGUUGUACAAAACGAGAGGUGGAAAACAAAGCAAAGCUCCCAAAAAAAGGACAGCCGAUUGAGCGAUGGAAGGGACAAACCUGUAGAAAGCUCCCCACGACAAUUUACUGAAAGGUGACAACAAAAAUGUCCAACUCAACCCGCAAAAAAACAACCCCCUUGCCCCAGUGGAGUUGGUGAGUGGUUGUGAGCGGAUGUGAGCUCAUCAAUAUCCCCCGAGAAGGAUCAACCGAAUAACCGGUGCGGAGGAUCCGAUCCUGUCGAUUACUUUCUUCUUGGAAUGCAUCCGGAUAUUCCACUUUGUCAGCUCCAGAUCCAAACCUAUUAUUCUCCCGGGGUUCAAAGGCCCCCCCUUCUUAACAAUCUCUUCUCAGUUCCACCAGUUUUGUAUAGUGUGUAAGUGAAUGUUAAUGUUUUACCAGCAGUAGUGGGUUAGGUUAAAUCGGGUGCUCCUACAGCAGGGAGAACCGGGGAACGAAGAACCAAACAAAGCGUGUAGUGUGAUAGUGUUGGGGAGAAACAAUAGUUCCCGUUUGUUCCAUAACUUCAUAACCGAUUCUAGAAAAAAAGGUUCCGGAACCUUAAAUCUCCAUUUUUUUUUCGGACGAAAGUGUGAACAGAAAUGUAUCUAGUCAAACGAUUCGAAACGGAGAAGCAAAGUGGCGCACUGAUGGUAUCGAGGAUCCAAAUUGGGUAUGAUUUAUGCUUUAUUAUUUCAAUUUAUUUAUUCUAAUAAUUUUCUUGUAAUGCAUUCCGUCUAGUAUUAAUUUUACAUAUCAGGAAUGUGUUUAAUGCUGCUCGCUUCACACGUCCUUAUUUAUCCUUCAUGAAUACUCCCGGCUAUGAGGCUUCUCAUCUUAUCAUUGUGAUAUUACAUGUACUCUUCUUUAAUUUUACAAUAUUCUACUAAUGUAAUACCGCUUUACUCACGAAUCAAUUCCGUCUAGUUCAGCAAAACUCAUAUCGCGCCAGAAGAUAUUUUAGUAGCACUUCAAACCUCCGUUCCUUUUUGCGAACAUCAAUACUCUCUGUUGCCAUCCUUUAGGUCGUUCGCGAUCGUUCUUUGUUCCUUAUUUCCGAGGGUUGUGUAAAUCGACACACUAUUGUCACCAAAGCUAUAGAAAGCAAGAAAAAAAAUUAUGUCCGCGUGUAAAAAAAGGGAAAGCCGGACAGGGAAAAAAGGUUCGUUUGAAGAGAAACCCCAACUAAAGGACAAUUAGGAGAAAAAAACAAACGACACGUAGUAUGCGACAGUGGUGGUCGUCCUCCACACAUUCCAUCCAGAUUGUUUUGUAUUUGUUUCCCUACUCUUAGGUAUGCUGUGUGCUCUCUCUAUAUAUGUAUGUAUGUAUGUGGUAUGGAUACGAUUAUAUAUCAGUAAUUUUUAAACACAAAACACCUUCUGCAAGAUGAGAAGAAAACAGGAUAUGGAAAUGGAAUGCGAGAAGCAAGCCAGUAAGCAACGGCCAGACGAAGUCCUAUAGACCUAUUUGGUGUUAUUUGUUGUAAAGGCAACCACCCAUUAGAUAAGUCCAAUUUGUCGAUAGUUGUAACUGAUAUAUUUAUUUACUGUUUUUGUUUUGUUCCUUUGUUCAUCUCGUUCCCCAAUCCCAGUAGAGCGAGAGAGAGAGAGGGUCAUAUAAUGGAGCUAUUGAAUCAUUGAGGGGAAAGUUUCCAGUCAAUAGUGAAAUAUUGUAACCCUUUUGGAGGAAGUUUGCAGUCAUAUAAUGGAAUGUUGAAAUAGAGAGGCGAUUUGGAAUGGGAUUGAGGAGUUUUCCAAUUGCAAUAAACUAAUGGAGUGGCUCAAUCAAGCAAUUUUUCUUAGAAAUUGUCUCUAAAAAGUAAAACCUGCUUGAAUGUGCAUUCCAGGAGGUGGUAAAGGGUAGUAACGAUCUAAAGAACUUGUGAGCUAAACAGCUGAUUGUAAAGUUCCACAUUCUAUUUGUAAAUCUCCCCUAAUCGAAAACAAAAUUCCAUUAUAUGACUGCAACUUUCCCCUAAAAGAAUUGCAAUAUUUCACUGCCCUCUUGAAGCUUUCCCCUGAGUGAUUGAACAGCUUCGUUAAAUGGAUCGAAACCCCGUAACUCCGACCUUGAUGUUGGAUCGAUCUGUCACGCUUCAUUUAUGCAUAUCUUUUAAUUCCGUUCCAACAAAAAAACAAAAACAAAAAAAGCCGUAAGGGAGCAUCCCUUAGUCGUCGAAGUUGUGGCGGUAGAUUAAGCACUUUGGUGGGAGCCUGUGGCAAAGGUAACGAAAUUAAGGGGCCGGAUGAUGUGCAAUUAGAUGGAAGAUUAGCCAGUAAGCAACAACACUCGAGCGAACCCCGAUCGGACACCGGGUUCGAGGUGUGCGUGCACGGAGCGGAUAGCUCAGGUCUAAGUCGUAAGUACUCUUCCACGUUCGUCAGAAUGUAACCGAACUUUCUGCGGGAUACGGAAACAUGAAGGAUACGAGAAAGAAGAAGAGAAGGAUUUAGUGAGCUAAACAAUGAGCAAGAACAAACUACAAACGGUCAUAAAACAGGCUAACGACCUCUCUAUUAGGGGGAGAUAAAAAGAGAGAUUUAAAAUGGGAUGUAGUAAGAUGCGCUCACAUACCACACAUUCCCCCCAAAAAGUAAUGUACGAUUAGCAAACACACACACACUCACACACAGACAACUGGACACUAUUACUGGAUAAAAUGUUGAAUGUUGAAUUAAAAAUUGAUAACCCUUUAGUGAAGCAACACGGCCGAACGGUGGUUGAAGGACAGCACCACGAGGUGUAGUAAACCGAAACGCAAACAAAAUUCGUGUUUUGUGCCACGAUAAGAGAGGUUGGAAUUUAGAAGAGAAAACCGAGAAGCAGAUAAAGAAAAUAUUAAUAUAAAAAUGGGGGGAAAACAUACGCGGUUCGGGUGUGUUUGUGACAGUAGCGAAAAGAGAAAACUAAUUCAAACGAGCAGCAAGCAAGCACACAGCAAACAGAGAGUUUCAUGUUUCUAGGACAAAACAAAAAAUUUAACCAAAUUUACCAAAAAACCAAAACAAAACAAACAACCCUAAAAUGCAUGAUUUUAUCGUUGUAAAUCUUACAAAAAAACUAACACGAAAACCCGGAAACAGACCGGAAGCGGGUCCUUACAUCGCCUACGCGUACAGGCUUCCAACUCUACAAGGACUCAAAAACUACGAACCGUACCCGAGAGACCAAGCCGUUUGCCGAUCGCGUUACGCCCAUCGGUGGGGAUUUCCCUAGAGUGUCCCGGUCUUUUUGUUCUCCCUUUUUCUUUGGCCAGCUGCUGGCCCAUAGUGGAUUCAUAGAUUAGUGUAAAAAACCUGUUGGUGCAAUUGGGGCCGUUCGUCAGCUCAGUGCUAUCGUUUUGAUUGGCGUAUUUUUAACGUAAUGGAAGAAAAAAUCAUCCUUACAACAAAAACACGAUCGUUUUCUCGAACCUGUUUGACCUUUAUUAACUCAAACUCAAACUCUAGUCAGCUCUACACCGAGCUGCGUGUGCAGUUGGACGCGGAUGGCCAAAUACUACUGUUUUAACGAUUCAGAUUCGAGGGCUGCCCGCUCGGUGGUGGAUUCAUAUUCGGUGGGGAGCGCUGUUUUGGUACACCAUACCAAUCCGACUGGCCCCCCCUUCGAGCCCAUACGGAGCUUGUUGAGCUGAAGCAUAGAAAAGAGGUUUUAGAGGUCGUUCCGGGCUAAACGAAAAAGGCGAUGAGAAAACCCCGGAAAAAAAAUUUAAGCAAGUCGGCGAAACGACCAAACAAGGACAGUUUUCACCAUUCUUACGGUACUAUAAAACAGUUUAAAAAGAAUGUUGAAGCGAACGAUGCGUUGAUGUUGCGUGCGGCAAACGGGGGGAACCGGAAACGAUAAGCAUAGUAUGCAUACACUUACUUAAUUACUUGGUACGUAAGUUCAUAAAGCAGAGCGGAGCAGUGGAGAGUUUGAAAAAAAAACACACAACACAACACACCGCAACUGUGAAAGGAAUGAAUGACAUGGGCCGCACUCACACAGCAUAAAAACUCAACUCGAGCAGGUGAUCUAAGAGAUAAACUGGUGGUGGUGGUUGGCGCAGCAGCGCAGCCAACGGCAAGAGGAACUCAUUCGAAAAAACUAUUAUUACAAAUUAUAAUUUUUUAAGUAGAGAAAAUAAAACAACUGAAAAAAUCCAACCAAAAACAUUGAA